AUGCAAGAAAUAACAUUAGAAGAGAAUAUCAUGCCCAUGCCCAUGCCCAUACCCAAUACAUUUCGAGAACAUGAAGAAUUUGAAAAUAUACAUGUAGAAAAUACUCUAUCACCAUUCUUUGAAUUAUUCCAAUUGAAAAGGAAUGACCAUGGGAAUUACAUAAUUAUCACCGAUUAUAAAUUACUCCCCAAAAUAAAAAAAUAUAUAUUUAAAAUUAUAGCUUUUCUUCUAAACGAUAAAGAAAAUGAAAAAUCACCCCUCAAGAAUCAAACACAGAAUAUACUAAAUACAAGUGGUAUCAUUACACAGGCGGGAAAAAAAAAUGACCAUGAUGUAAAAAAACAAAAAAAUGCACACACAACAUAUAUACAAAAUGUUGAAAAAAAUUAUGAACAAGUCAUGCAAAUUGGUGACAAAAAUCAACAUAAAAACCUUGCCAGACAGGAAAAAAAUGUAUUUAAUGAAAAUAUGCCAAAUGAAAAGUAUCAAAACAUAAUUAAAGAAAUAAUUAAUAAUGAUAAAAUAAAUACAUUUGAAAUAGAAAAUGUUCUAAUUGUUGUUAUAAGGAUAAAAAAAAAAUAUCAAAAAGUUGAAAAACUCGAAGAAUUUAUAGAGGUUUUAAAAAAAAUUCCAAUUUCAAGCCAAAGUGAAAUAUUUCUUUUUUUAAAUAAAUACAUGAUAGACAUUAUACAGAUCAUUCAUGAUCAUUUUAAAGUGAUGAAAAUGUAUGCAUUCCCUCUUAGUGUCAGUUCAGCAAUUACAAUGGCCCAAGAAAUAUCUCGAAUUUCGAAUAGCCCCAUUUUAGCAUACGUAGCGAUGUGCCUACUUUCGCCUUUAAGUGAAAAGGAGUGCAAAUUUGGCUUGGCAGAGGCGCUAAGAUUCGGAAUUCUUAAUGAUAAAAAACUUUACAUAAAAAUAAAAGAAAACGAUUUAAAUUAUUUUCGAAAAAGAUCGAAAUAUAUAAUAUACAAAUGUAUAAAAAAUAGAGAAAAAAUAAUAAAAAAAAUGUGUCAGAAAAAUGUGAAUUAUGUUAACAUAUUAAAUUUUGGUAAUGUUAUAGGAAAUGCAAUAAAAAGUGUAUUUAAUCAAACAUCAAAUUUUGAAAAUUAUAAAAAUAAAUAUAAUAUAUAUGGAAUAUAUUAUGAAUUAAAAAUAUUAAAUGAAAUUAAUAAAAUAAAUAUGCUUUUAUUUAUUGAUAUUGAACAAAUUAUGAUAAAAUAUAACUUAAACUAUAAAUUAAAUACUAAUUUUCUUAAUUAUUAUACUAAAGAUAUCAUUACAUUUUUACAAAAAACAUAUUGUUCUAAUGAAAAUAAUAAUAAAAUUCCUAUAAUUCAUUUAACAGAUAUAAAUAAAAUAAAACCAGAUAUUAUAAUAGAUGUACCACUGUCUAUAUUUUGUAAAGUUUUAUCCCCUAUAGCUUCUAUUUCAAUGUGUUCAAAUUUUAUAUCAUCUAACAUUUAUUACAAUUCCCAAAAAAGAAAAAUAAUAAAUAUAAAUAAUUCGAAUUUUUUAUUUAUAAAAAAUGUUGGAAAUAAAUCGGAAACAAUCCGUGCAAUUUAUACUAGUUGUAUGAGUAUUCAAAAUGUUGUCCUUAAAAAUGUUAACCUUUGUUUCGAUGUUGUUUUGUUUAUUAAGAUAUUAAAAGACUUAAAAUUUAGCAUAUCUUUAAAAAAAAAAGCGAAGAAAAAAGCGAAGAAAAUGGGCGAGAAAAAAGCGAAGAAAAUGGGCGAGAAAAAAGCGAAGAAAAUGGGCGAGAAAAAAGCGAAGAAAAUGGGCGAGAAAAAAGCGAAGAAAAUGGGCGAGAAAAAAGCGAAGAAAAUGGGCGAAAAAAUAUAUGACAAAAUAUACGACAAAAUAUACGACAAAAUAUACGACAAAAUAUACGACAAAAUGUGUGACGAAUGUGAAGAGUGUGAAAAUUCGGUGUCAAUCAGCGGAAAUGUAGACAAAAAUGAUUCCAACUUUUUAUUCAAACAUUUUAUAUUUCAAGAUCAAAUCAUAUUUAACGUGUAUAAUUCUGGAACUGUUUGCCGACUAUUAUUACCAUUGUUAUGCUUAUAUAUAUGCAAACAAAAUUUAAAAGCAAAAAAAGAAAAUAAAAAAUUAAUAAAAUUUAUUAUUUUAAAAGGGAAUGAGCAAAUGGAAUCUGUUCGAAUUAUAAGCCCAUUAGUUAAUGUUAUUAAAAAAUCUUUUAAAUAUAUAAAAAUUAUUUAUUUAAAAAAAAAAAAUUAUUUACCUAUUCAGAUAUCUGUAAAAAGAGAAAAAUUAAAAAAUUAUGAUAUUUUUUUAUCUAACAAUAUAUUUAUUAAUAAUUCUGCAUCUAGCCAAUUUGUAUCUUCUAUGUUAUUAGUUUCCCCAUUUUCCGAAACUAACACAUGUAUACAUUUAUUAUAUAAAAAAAUUAAAAAAAAAUAUCACAAAAAAUGUUAUUUAAAAAUAUAUAGAAAUUUAUUUUUUAAAAUACGGAUUAAGAAAAAAGUUAAUUAUUAUAAUUCAUUAAUUAGUAGGUCUAAAAAAAAUAUUUAUAGAAAAAGUUUGAACCCAAAUAAAUUAUCAGAUUAUAGAUGUAUCUAUAAUAAAGCAUUCUUAGAAAUUGUUUAUACAAAAAAAGAUAAACAAUUUGAGAACUCAAAAAUAUUUGCAAAAAAUAUAAAAGUGUUUAAUGAACAAGACCAAAAUAGACAAGAAAUUGUUAUAAGUGUGAAUAAAUCGAAUAAUAUUUUGAAAAAAAUAAAUAAAACAUAUUUUGAAACGACUUCAAAAUCUUUUAUUGAUUUAACUGUGAAUAUAAUGAAAUUAUGGGGUGUAAAAGUUUGUGUAAAAAAUUGUAAUUAUAUUAUAAAAAAAGAAAAUAUAUUAUCAAAAAAAUAUGACCAUUUUGCAUAUUUUUUAGUAGAAAAAAAAAAAAAAAAAAAAAAUACACCAUAUCAUAAAAAAGGCUAUUGGAAAAGCAUCUGUAGAUACAUUCAUUAUAACAGUGUUAAAUUAAAUAGAUGCAGAAGUGGUUUCAGUCAAAUGAAUAAAAAAUUAUUUAUGAAAUCUAUUUAUAAAAAAAUUGUUAACAAAAUUAAAUACUACAAAUUAGGAGUUCGAUAUGAACUAGCCAAGCAAAAUGGUUAUAUAGAUAAAAAAAAUGAAAAUAAAAAUGAAAAUAAAAAUGAAACAGUUUUAGGCAAUCCUCAUUUGAACAAUGUUAAUGUUAUUUAUAAGCCUAUAUACAGAAUAUGCAACGAUUUAGGGCUUUAUUUUUAUUUUAUUGUUGGAUGUAUAAUAAAAAAAAUAAAUUGUAGUUUGAUUUUAAAUUUAUGUCUAAACAAUAUUAUAAUGAAAAAAAUAAACUCAAAAUAUUAUAAAAUAAAAUAUGUUAUGAUUCAAAAAUAUGUGCAAAAUUAUUUUUUAUUAAAUUUGUUAUUAUUAUUAGGUAUUGAUAUAUAUAUAAAAAAAAUAUCUACUGGAAAUGUUAGAUUAUAUUUAUUUACUUCCAAUGGUAUAAAUAUAAAAAUAAAAAAAAAUUUGUGUCAAUAUUUUGAAAAAAAUAAAAAAGAAACAAAUAAAAUUAGGAAAAUAAAAUAUCAUGCUUUUGAUAAAAUAUACAUAAAUUAUUAUUUUAAUAAUUUAAAUAAAGCAUUAAUAAAAAUAGUUAUAGAUGCAGAAUAUUUUUCAGAUGACUUUUUUCCUAUUUCUCUUUUAUUUGCUUAUUACAUAAUGAUUCAUAAAAAUGGAAACGAAAAUAUACUGUUCAAAAUAAAGAAUAUACAUAAUCAAGAUAUCAAAGAAUCUAUACGUAUAAAUAACGUUGUCUAUAUACUUAAACUUGUUUUUCAAAAUUUCGUUUUUAUUUUACGUGAUAAAAAUAAUAUAUAUAUUACAAGAUUUCGAAAUUAUAUAGAUAAUUGUAUAUUCAAUUUAAAUAGUAAUAAAAAUUAUAUAGAUAAUUCAAAAAUAGGGUAUAAAAAAAAUGUCAUAUUUUAUAAUAAUUCAAAAUAUAUAUUAAAUAAUAAUAAUAUAUUAUAUUUAUUUGUAGAUACAAAAAAUGAUCAUAGAAUCAUUUUUAUGGUCACUAUAUUGUCACUUAUUUUUAAAAAUAUAUUAAUUGAUAAUUCUUUUCAAAUUAAAAAAAGUUAUCCAGAAUUUUAUAAACAUGUAAAUGAAUAUCUACAAAUAAAUCUUAACUAUUACACAUCUUAUGAAUUAAAAUGUAGUCAUUUUAUUUAUUUAAACAAUUAUAAUAUAUUAAGUGAAAAAAAUAGUGCAUCUACUUCAAACAUUUCAAAUACAAACAGGAUACAUUUUACUGAUUUGGUAAAAAAAAAAAAAAAAAAAAAAAAAAAAUGGAAACCAAAUUGUGUAAACCAUUGCAAAGGAAUAACCAAUAGUUUGCAAAGUGAGAUGUUGCAAAGUGAGAUGUUGCAAAGUGAGAUGUUGCAAAGUGAGAUGUUGCAAAGUGAGAUGUUGCAAAGUGAGAUGUUGCAAAGUGAGAUGUUGCAAAGUGAGAUGUUGCAAAGUGAGAUGUUGCAAAGUGAGAUGUUGCAAAGUGAGAUGUUGCAAAGUGAGAUGUUGCAAAGUGAGAUGUUGCAAAGUGAGAUGUUGCAAAGUGAGCUGCCGCACGAUGGAAAUUAUAUGAGAAAAUAUAAAUACAAAGAAGUAAUAAAAAAUGAUAUUAAUGUAUAUUAUUUAUUAAAAGAAAUAAACCGGCUUAAUAUAAAUAUAAUAUGUGGUAUUAGAAAUGUAGGAAAAAGUUUUUUAGGGAAAAAAAUACAAAAUAGUUUCGUAAUAGAUAUUGAUGAUUAUAUAUUUGAAAAUGAAAUUAAUUUUGAUAAAAUUAAAAUUAGCGAUUUUAGAUAUUAUGAAUACCUGACAUUUAUUUCGGUACUCUAUAUGUCUUAUUGCAUUUUAGCUUAUAACCCACGCUCAAAAAUAAAGCACACAAAUGAUCGUGCCAAUGCUGAUAAAGUCAGAAAAAAUGACAAUGCCGAGAAUGCUGAGAAUUCUGGCAAUGUUGAGAAUUCUGCCAAUGCUGACAAUGCCGAGAAUCCAUGCUUUUUCGUAAAUAACGAUGACGUCAUUUUUUAUAACAAAAAGAUAAACGAUUUAUAUAAAAAUACAAAAUACAAAAUAGAUAAAUUGAAUAACAAUUAUGUUAAUAAUAUAUCUAUCAUUUUAGGAGGUGGAAUAAUUGAAUUUGAAAAUUCAAGACAUAUUAUAAAAAAAUUAAAAAAUGUUAUAAUUAUUAAAAGAGAUGAAAAUGAAUUAUAUGAAAUAUGUAUACAUGAUAAAAUAAAACCCAAAUUAUCAGGAAAUUUAAAUAAAAUUAUAAAAAGAAGAACUAUUUUAUUUAAUGAAUUAAACAUACCUUUUCAUUUUUCUAUACCUACAGAAUAUAUUAUAAAUAAAAAUAUAAAAAAAUUAAAUAAAACAAGAAAUAAUAUGAUUGUAUCUAGUUUUCUAAAUUUUUAUAAUUAUAAAUUUUAUGUUAAACCUAUUAUAAAUCCUAAAUUAUUAUUUACUCAAAUUCUUUCUAUAAAUUUAAAUAAUUUUUAUUUAUUUAAUUACAAUUUAUUGGAAUCAAAUUAUGAAUAUAUUGAACUUAUCAUUGAUAGACAAAAUGAGACAAACACAAAAUGUGUUAAUUUUCCAUUUAUAAAUUUCGAAUUAUUAGAUCUAGCUAUUUUUAUCAUACGAUCUUAUACAUCUAAACCUAUUAUAAUAAAAUUAAACAAACAUUUUUUUUCUCAUAAUUUUAGUAAAAAUAUGACCAAGUCAGAAAAAAAACAAAUUGAAAAAAAAAAUCUUAAUUAUUUAAUAAACAUAUUUUAUAGAUACAAAAUUAACAUAUUUGAUAUUGAUAUAAAAUAUGUAGAUAUAUUAGAAGAACAAAAUGAAAAUUGUUUUUUUAUUAUCUCAAAAAAUGUAAAUAAAAUAAAUAAAUUACAAAAAUAUAUAAGUAUGGUUAAUAUCUUUUUUGCAGGUUGUAUAAAAUUAUCAUUUUAUUGUUCUAAAAUAAGUAAAGAAUUAUUUAAUUUAAUUUUAAAUAAAUAUUUUCAAAGUAAUAAUCAAUGUAUAAAAAAAGAUGGAGAAUAUAUUUUAUUAUAUAAUAUAGAAUCUAAAUAUGAUCCCUUUUCAGCCUUUUUAUAUAAUCAAAUAAAAAAAUUUAAAUUUCGAAAUUCUUUUUUAAUGAAUAUAUAUAAAUAUAACUCGUCAAAUAAAUCUCAAAUAAUUAAAAAAAAAAAAAAUCAAAUAUUAGAUUCAAAUUUUGUUUAUAAAUAUUAUUAUUCAAAUUGUAUAAUUGCUAUUUGUUGCCCAUCUAAUUGUUUGUAA